AUGCUGACUGGGCACGUCUACGGCCGACACAAAUCAUUACUUUCAAAUGUCAAAUGCAGACAUGCUGAUUCGGCACGUCUGCAGCCGACACAAAUCAGUGGCAGUCUGAUCCUGGAGAAAGCACCAGAGGCAAAGAACUUGUUCUCAUAUCUAAGGGACACCGAUGAUCCACAGAACAAUCCCAAGAUCUGGGCACAUGCUGCCAAGGUUUUCAAGAUGACUUGCGAAUCAGUAGUGCAGCUGCGUGAGAAGGGCAAAGUGGUGUUUGCCGAUACUACUGUCAAGUGGUUGGGAUCUGUUCAUCUCCAAAAGGGAGUUCUUAAAUUCCAUUUUGAGGUUGUGAAAGAAGCAUUCCUGGAAACAAUCCAAGAGGGCGUGGGAGAAAACUGGAGCGAGGAAUUGAAGAAUGCUUGGGGAGAAGCCUACGAUCACUUGGCAGCAGCAAGUCAAGGUGAGAUGGAGGCAGAGGUUCGUUAACGUCCAGAUGUAAAAUCUAUGCAAUGACCAGAAAUGUUUGUGCCGGCGCGUGGUAUC